UUUUUUUAAAAAAAAAAACUUUGUUUAAAUGAGUAACAAAGAUUCCUUAUUACCUCGUUCAUUAUUUUCUGCAUCUACUUUAAAGGUGGAGAAUACAGAAGAAACAUUAAAUUCUUAUUUAAGAAAUGAUAAUCAACAAGAAAGUUCAAUGAGUAAUAAGACUUCUACAACUUCAGAUCAAUCUUUAAUUAUAACUUCUAAUGGAAUCACUGCAGACUCAUCAAAUAAUAACAAACAACCAGAGACGCGUAGUAAAGAUAACAAAGACACGAUAGUAGUAGUAGUAGUAGUAGUAGUGAGGAUGAAGAUGAAGUCUUGGGGCUUCAAUUGAUUCAUCAACAAGACAUGAAUGCAACUCAAAUCAGUAAUAACUUGCAAUAUUUAUUAUUAAGGUUUGAGAAGCAACAAUCUAGACAAAGAAGAUAUUUUGAAAAAUUUAAACAUCUGAAUAAAUCUAUGAAAAGAACAAGUCAAUUAAUUAAUUAUCACGCUAAGCUACUAUCAGGGCAAAACGAUGAAAAUUUAAAGAUAGAUAUGAACGACACACCAAAAAGCUCAAAAUCGCCUGUUCGUCAACUAGCAAAACGAAGUGUUCCAUUUAAUACAAUUAAUGAUUCUUCACGUACUAGUAAACAGAAACAGCGUAGAAUUGUAGUGGAAUCAAGUGAUGAUGAACAGAUGGAAGAUCAGCAAGAUGUUUUCAUGUAUAAUAUACAAAAUCAACCUUCUACUUCAAAGCUUAUUACUAAUACUGGAACAGUAAAGAAGACUGCACCAAAAAUGAAUGCUGUCAAAAAAGUGUAUACAGAACUCGACUUUGGUACAAAUGACACAAUGGAUAUUUUCACUGUACGUAAGCAACAAGGAAGUAUCAUGUUUAAUAAAAAGCCGAGAUCUAUAUUAUAUAAUAUUGCAGGUGAUAGUCUUGGUCAAGCAAUGAGUGAAUUGAUGAUCACGACAUCGUUAGAUGGAGAAUUACAUUUCUGGAACUCUUCAAGUAGACAAAAAAUUAAAACUAUAGGACAAAAUCAUAUUUUUGAUUCUUGGAUUGAAGACAUUUGUUGGGCUACACCUUCUACUUUAGUAUGCACACCAUCCAAAUCGAAUGAACCCAUCAAGUUAGUUCAUUUAUGCAAUGUUACCAAUUCUAAUGUUGAAGGUCGAAUCCAGACACUCAAUGAUACACCUCAUGAGGGCGGUAUUUCAGUAGUUGCUUCAGUAGAAACCUCAGGGGUAUACAAUACAAAAAAUAUGGAGAAAAGUAGCUUUGUGACUGGUGGAUAUGAUAAAAGUGUCUACAUGUGGAAUUUAAAACGUGGAUCAGCACAUGAGAACUUUCAAGUGGACAGUGUCUAUCGCUUAGGGAUUUCUCAACAUACAUCAAGUAUUCAAUCCCUAUUUUAUGAUAAAUAUCAUAACUUAUUAUUUUCAGGUGGUGCAGAUGAAAGAUUCUUGACUUUCGACCUACAAACAUCCUAUACGACACGCCUAAUAAGAUUAGAUCAUCGUGUGAAUCAUAUUUCACAAAGUCCAGUGAAUCCGAAUAUUUUAUUACUUACGAUGGCAACGAAGCGAGAACAGUUUCUUAUCUAUGAUCGACGAUGUCCAGAGCCUACCUGUUUCAAAUUAAAAUUUGGACAAACAGAAAAUGAAAAUUUAUCACGUUAUAUUAAACCUGAAAUGCAUUUCAAUGGAUAUACAGUCUGUUGUGGUACUCAAGCUGCAAGUCGGUUAAACUUUUGGGAUAUUCGCUAUGUGGGUGUAUCACGUAAUUUAUCAUUUUCGAUGGAUACGCCAGCUAAAACACGUAAUUUAAGAGCCUUAUUUAUAAACAAUACGAAUACUGUCGUUACUCUUUCAAAUGAUCGUAUGUUAAAUUGGCUUGAUUAUGCAGUUAAAAAGGAUGAAGUUGUAAAAACACUCGUAUAACAUGGAUAACAUUUUGAUGAUAUGUAUGUAUAUUCAUCUAUUUAUAUAAUAAAGAGUAAAACAAAUAGAAGACCUUUACGCGCGCACA